GAGGACAAAGCCAGUGUGCUGCGCUCAGACUGACUCUCCCUCCUCGCGUCCCCGUCUGCGUCUCCUUUGAAGUUUGAGUCGCCGGCUGUCGUCACGGCACCACACGACGACAGCCAGAACGCUCCGUGGAAGAGGGACGUUUUGGAAGGAAAGGACACGGAAAUGAAAAUUUUCCUUGAGAACAGCACUUCAGCUGGAUACAAGGGAUUGUGGGAAUGAUGUCAGGCGCAAGUGAGAUGUUGGCAGCGGCGUUGGAGAGGAUGGACGGCAUCAUCGCAGGCUCCAAGGCGAUGGAAUACUCUAACAGCCUGUUUGGGUUCCAGUCCCCAACGUCCCCGCUCGUGAGCGGGCUGCACACUCUGCACCUCCUGGAGGAGCUGAGGGGGAGUCUGGAGCUCCUGGACCCGGAGGAGCGGGAGGAGCUUCGCUGCCAAGUCCCAGAAUCCACUGCAGAAAGCCUGGCAGAGUGGUUGCAAGGGCCCCUGGAGAAUGGCCACCUCCCUGUCGGCAGUGUUGAGCAGUACCAGGAUAGGCUCCUUCGACUGGAGAGCGACAGGGAGUCUCUGGUAUUGCAGGUGAGUGUGCUGACAGACCAGGUUGAGGUGCAGGGUGAAAAGAUAAGGGACCUGGAUCUGUGCCUUGAGGAACACCGAGAGAAGCUGAACUCCACAGAGGACCUCCUGCAGCAGGAGCUGCUCAGCCGGACGGCCCUGGAGAAGCAGAAGCUGGAGCUGCUGGCUGAGGUGUCGAGCCUGAAGCUCCAGCUGACCGUCCGGGAGAAGCAGGGCUGGGACUACGAGCAGAAGUCCAGGGACAGUGAGGGGCUGUCCCAAGAGCUCCUUCACCUGAGGAAGCGAGUGACAGAGAUGGAGCGUGAAAGAGAAAAAUGUGAAGACAAGCUGAAAUUCACCCAGGACGAGCUAGCUGCGCUGAACAGGCAGCUGGAGAACAGCGGCAGGGAGGGAAAGAGGCCAAUCAGAGGAGUCCGCUCGGAGGGUACGAAUGAGGAAGACUACGCAGAGGGCAGAGACGAAGGUGUGCCUGCAGGUGUGUUCUCUGCGCCUCGGGGUCAGAGUGCAGGAGUGCCGGCUCAGAAGAUGGGGAGGGAGAUGGAGUCUCUGAUGGCAGAGGGAGAAGAGAAGGAUCAUAGGAUCAAGGAGCUGCUGGUGGAGAUCCAGCAUUGCGAGGAACAGGAAACAGAGCCUGUGCUGCAGAAGACAGCCAAAGAUGACAACAGUGAUGAGGGCUGCCAUGGUUAUCCAGUCACAGCACCGACUGCUGCUCCUGUCGGCGUGGAAAUGGAGCAAUCCGCCCCACCCAAUGCGGAGACCACACAGCAACCAGAGCAGCUGCUACAAGCAUCUGGUCCUGUAGCCACCCCCAAAUCAGAAGACACCCCCAAAUCAGGAGACACCCCCAAAGUAGACCAGGCAGAAACAUCAGAGCAAGCAACAUUACACAGCGCUUCUCACCGUCCGGAGGCAGAGGUGCCAGGUGAGGUGCAGAAGGGAAGCUCUCAGGAGAGGGAGGAGGGUGAAAUUACCCAGGAGCACAGUCUUUUGCCCCAGCCCACUGCCCCCGCCCCCGCCCCCGCCCCCGCUCCCCAAGGCCCUGCGGAGGACAGCUUCGGCACCAGGAAGGUGCGGUCUUCAUUUGGGCGGGGAUUCUUCAAGAUCCGGAGGGGCAAGAGGACUGCCAGUGCCCCUAACCUAGAGAGGGAGGGGGAAGGCACGGCCCCACUGGACCUGGCGGGGGCACCAUGCCCGUCGCCAAGCAACAGCGCCCAAACCUUGCCCUGGAAGAAAUCCUUAGGCAUCAGGAAGUUUUUUGGGAGACUGAAGAGGAGUCAGUCAACCUCUUUUGCGCUGGAUGACGAGGUAUCGGGGGCCGAAUUUAGGAGGGGCGGAGUCAGGGCUACAGCAGGACCCCGCCUGGGUUGGGCUCGCGACCUUCAGGGAGCCAACAAUGAGCUGGACGCGCCCUUUGCCAGGUGGUCGAGGGAGCAGGUCUGCGAUUGGCUGAAGGAGCAAGGCCUGGGCGUGCAUGUGGGCGUGGCCAGACAGUGGAUCACCUCGGGCCUGACCCUGCUGCAAGCCUCCCAGCAGGACCUUGACAGAGAGCUGGGAAUUAAACAUCCCCUGCACAGGAAGAAGCUCCAGCUGGCCCUGCAAGCGCUCGGCUCUGAGGAGGAGGACAACCAGGGCAAACUGCACUAUGGCUGGGUGACCACGUGGUUGGAUGAUAUCGGCCUGCCGCAGUAUAAGUCCCAGUUUGAGGAGGGGAGAGUGGACGGUCGGAUGCUGCAUCAUAUGACUGUAGAUGACCUGCUCUCCCUGAAGGUCGUCAGCGUGCUGCAUCACCUGAGUGUGAAGAGGGCCAUUCAGGUCCUGCGGCUGAACGACUACCAGCCCCACUGCCUAAGCAGACGGCCCUCAGAGGAGGCCGAUGUCUCCCCAGCGGAGGUGUGCUGCUGGUCCAAUCACAGGGUGAUGGAGUGGCUGCGUUCUGUGGAUCUGGCCGAGUAUGCCCCAAAUCUGAGGGGCAGUGGUGUGCAUGGGGCGCUCAUGGUCUUGGAGCCCCGCUUCACGGUCGAGACCCUUGCCCUUCUGCUCAACAUUUCCCCCAAUAAGACCCUUUUACGGCGCCACCUGGCAACCCACUUCCACCUGCUGGUGGGGACGGAAGCCCAGCGCGAAAAGCAGGAGCACCUGGAGUCUCCGGACUACGCACCCCUCACCGCCACCGCCAAGGUCAAGCCCAGGAAGCUGCUGUUCGGGGGUUUUGGGAGUUUGAGGAGGAGAAGACAGGAGGAGGUGGAGGAGUAUGUCUGUCCCAUGGACAUGGAGACGCCCAGGAGCUGCAGUUUCCCGGGCGGCCGACGUCACCUGGACCCGCGGCUGUACGAGGACGAGCUGGACCGGCUCCAGCGGAUGGAGGACUCGGAGGGAACGGUGAGGCAAAUCGGAGCGCUCUCCGAGGGAAUCAACAACCUGACGAGCUUGCUGCAGAAGGAUCAGUUCCUGAGAGAGAUGGCCGCUGGCUCUCCUGUUGCCAGCCAGACGGAGGACUCCAGUGUGUGAGCGAACUGCUGGUGGAGAGAAUGGAACACGGUGACAGCGCAAUAUACCAGGGCUGCAAUACACCAGCGCUGCAAUAUACCAGGGCUGCAAUACACCAGCGCUGCAAUACACCAGGGCUGCAAUAUACCAGGGCUGCAAUAUUCCAGGGCUGCAAUACACCAGGGCUGCAAUACACCAGAGCUGCUAUAUACCAGGGCUACAAUACACCAGGGCUGCAAUAUACCAGGGCUGCAAUACAGCAGAGCUGCAAUACACCAGGGCUGCAAUAUACCAGGGCUGCAAUAUACCAGAGCUGCAAUACACCAGGGCUGCUAUACACCAGGGCUGCAAUAUACCAGGGCUACAAUACACCAGGGCUACAAUAUACCAAGGCAGGAAUAUACCAGGGCUGCAGUACACCCGGGCUCACCAAAGCUGGCCCUCUGGUCCUCAAAUUCUCCGGCCCUGGUUUUCUUUCCUCCCAAGCCAUUAACUUAACAAUCGGUGCUACUGAUUGGCCAGACUGCCUUCACACCUGACUCCCAGGCAAAGGGAGGGUGGAAAACCAGCAGCUGUCGGCCCUGAGGGCCGUGAUUUGGUGACCCCUGCCAUACACUGUUUUCCUUAAGUAUUAUUAGUUGUAUGAAGGAAAACUACACCUGUGAAUAAAGCAUUGAUAAGGUGUGUCCCAUUGCCCUAUGGGUAACGCACAGGAUUAUUGUGCUUUUUUACCUCUUAAAUUUUAAGAAAAUGUGAAGUUCCCAUAUGGGCCUCAGUUCUUAAUUUCAUCUCCACCCCUGUGCAUUCAAUUCAAUUUUAUUUUGUAUAUCGUAUUUUACAGAGAACUGUCGGAAAGACACUUUACAUAGUUCAUCAGGUCAACAGGCAUGACUGUGGUUCAAUGUCAUUUAUUGUGAAAGAAUAAAAUAACACCAUUUUUAAGAGAUUCAGUACAUCGCAAUAUGUUUUGGUCGAUGUUCACAUACAUUUCUUAAAUGUUGCUUUUCAUAUUUUAUGCUAUAUGAACAUAUAAUUUCAAUUUGUUUUACAUUUCAGUGAGGUGCGUUGGCCAAUAUGAGUGGUUGGAUACAAAAUGUACGAAGCAUGUGAAAUACACAUGAUAAUGAACACUGAUCUAUUAUUUUUCCUAUAUCUCUGGAUUGCUACAAAUAUCAUUUUGUCUUUUAUACUGUAAAAUAUAUCCUUUUUUUUAUUUUUAACAUUAUAUAUUUUCAGUAUUAUAAUGACAGUCAUCAAUAUUUUAUGAUGCAACUCUUGUUUUUUUUAAUCUCACUAAAGCCAAUUUAUACUGACAGUUUUUAUGUAUUGAAAAGAAAAUAAAGCACUUUUCAACAGAA